UGUGCAUUUAUCUAAUUAUGCAUACAACUGCUUUAAAAACACACCUGUAUCUAAUUAGUAAUCAGUGGGUUUUGUGUGGAUACAUCCUCACAUCUUUGGAGGGAAGAUGGCAUCACAAAGAGAGACCAGUGUGGACAUCCAUCUGUCGGGGCCACGCUGGUUCCGCCUGACCUCCAUCCUUCUGGUCUCUGCUCUGGUCCUCCCAACUCUAUCUCUGCAGAGCUUGCUGUGUUACUUCUGUCCAUUGCAGGACAAAAGCGUCUCCUGCUCAAAUAGUACCAGCCAGUGUCUACCUAACCAGCACUGCUCCAGCUCCAGAGGCUACUACGGCUCCGUUCACAUGCUGUCUGCUCAGGGCUGCGUGGAUGCUGACCUCUGUGACUCUCAUGAAAUUAUCUCUUUUCGAGGAGUUGAAUACAACGUCAGUCGUGCUUGCUGCUGCAAAGACAAAUGUAACACUGCCCCAAAACCUGACAGCAUUUGGAAGAAGCUACUAGGAAUGAUCAAGGCAAAAAUGGAUAACACCACUAAUAUUGUAGUAGAGGAGGCUUCAGAUUCUUGUGCAAACUACACGUUAACAGCUGCAUUUCCUACCAUAAAAACAUAGGAGUAUUUAUAGUUGUAAAGAUUUGAGGGAGUCCUGUUAACCAGGGGGACUUACUGUUCCUAAAUCUCUUAAAGGUGACUAACAUUUAGUCAAAUGUUUGUACUUAAUUUUAUUGUUGAAUUAAUACGUAGCUGUGAGUGAACAAAUGCAUCAUAAAAUCAUCUGAUUAUUUAUAUGUUCCUGAAAUAAGAGGGUGAGCUGGUCAAUCAUCCUCCUGGUAUACUGAAGCAUUAUUUCUGUACAGAUGAAUGUCAGAAUAAAAGCAACACAAUUAAUCUCA